AUGCUCAUUGUUGUGACAACAAAUUUCUCUGCGCACGAGCAUGAGUCCGAAAAAGCAAUUUGUGAGCUGGUCGAACGUGCUGCUCGGAUGGCAAACGCCCACGACUUCAUCACCUCCUUUCCCGAGGGCUACGAAACCGACAUUGGCGAACGAGGGUUCCUUCUCUCAGGAGGUCAGAAACAACGCAUUGCCAUUGCUAGGGCCAUGGUUAGCAAUCCUAAGAUCCUGCUACUUGACGAAGCAACAUCCGCGCUCGACACUAAGAGCGAGGGAGUUGUGCAAGCCGCACUCGACAAAGCUGCCCAGGGACGAACCACCGUGAUCAUUGCUCACCGACUGUCCACUAUCAAGAAUGCGGACAAUAUUGUGAAGAAAGGGGCUUACUACAACUUGGCUGAGGCUCAGCGAAUCGCGACGAAGCAAGAGUCUAGAAACCAAGAUGAAGAUCCCAUAAUGCCUGAAACCGAUCACGAUUUACGGCGACCCAAAUUCAAGGAGAAUUGCUACAUCUCAGACAAAGAGGUUCAAGAAGAAGACCAUGAUGACCUGCAGGUGGACAAGACACGAUCAGACAGGACCGCAUCGAGAAUGGCACUUCCGAAGAAGGGACUAGAGGACAUUGCCGACAACUAUACCUUGUUCGCUGAUACACUGCUCGCUCUCAUCUCUCAGGGCAUUGCGUUCUCUUACUGCGCAGAGCGACUUACCCAUCGGGUUCGCGACCGAGCAUUUCGAUAUAUCCUCCGGCAAGACAUUGCCUUUUUCGACAAACGUUCCUCGGGUGCUCUCACUUCUUUCCUGUCCACUGAGACCUCCCACCUGGCUGGGCUGUCUGGGAUUACUCUUAUGACGAUUCUCUUGCUGGUCACCACCUUAGUUGCCGCCUGCGCCAUUGGUCUGGCCGUAGGGUGGAAGCUUAGUCUGGUGUGCAUGUCCACCAUCCCCCUCCUUCUCGCUUGUGGGUACUUCCGUUUGGCCAUGCUGGUCCGACUCGAGAAGGAGAAGAAGAAAGCCUACGAAAAAUCUGCAAGCUAUGCCUGCGAGGCCACUUCAGCCAUCCGAACCUGGCUUCCUUGA